CGAGACCCCCAUUUUCCCCCUCCCAUAUAUUCAUUCCCAAACAGUCACACGUCGCACAAGCCGAGGCAUGAUUGCUGCAAGCAUGUUAAUUCCUGUAUUGAGAAAAAAGGUGAACAAGUAAUGCACAAAGGAAGAAAAGAAAAAACGAAAGAAAAAAAGAGUGUAAGUCUAUGCAAUGAUCUUCCUAGACACCACUAUUCCAAUCCUUGGUGA